CGCGGACUACAGCUCCCAGCAGCCCCCGCACGGUACGGCGGCCGCCGGCGGACAUGGGGGUCACGGGCAUGGCGCGAGUGCCGCACGUCGUGGCCGACACCGGCGCCUUCCUGAGCGCUGCCCCGCUGCAGGACAUCGCGCAGAACCUGUACACCGUGCCCGAGGUGCUGGCUGAAAUCCGGGACCGGCCGACCCGCCGCCGCCUGGCCGCGCUGCCCUGCCCGCUGCUCCUCCGCCGGCCGCGCCCCGACCUCCUGCGCCUCGUCACAGACUUCUCCAAGAAGACAGGGGACUACCCCAGCCUCUCAGCCGCUGACCUGCAGGUCCUGGCCCUCACCUGCCAGCUGCAGGCAGAGACCGACGGCCCCAGCUGCCUCCGGUGGGAGCCCCAGGACAAGGUGCAGCUCAGCUCCACCCCACGGCACCCUGAGGCCCCCCUGCACCUCGCCGGCUUCCACCUACCCAGCAAGCACAAGCGUCCAGGGAAAGGCUCCUGUCAGCCCAGCCCCGGGUGGAGCACGGGCACAGCUGAGGGCGACCAGUUCAGCUCCUUCCUCUACUGGCGAGCGCCCCUGCCCAGCAUCGAGGAGGAGCUGCAGGAGCUGCUGAAAGCUCAGGCUGGCACGGCUGGUCCAGAGACCCCUGAGGAGCAGCAGAGCUCUGAGGAUGGGGCCAGUGCUGAGGAAGAGGAGGGUGAGGAGGAGAGCGAUGACGAGGGCUGGAUAACACCCAGCAACCUGAAGCAGGUCCAGCAGGACAUGGGGCACUGUGACACCGCUCCCGUUGACGUCCAGGUCGGCUGUGUCACCACAGACUUUGCCAUGCAGAACGUGCUGCUGCAGAUGGGCCUCCACGUGCUGGCAGUCAACGGGAUGCUGAUCCGCCAGGCCCGGAGCUACAUCCUGCGCUGCCACGGCUGCUUCAGGACCACUUCAGACAUGACCAAGAUUUUCUGUCCCCACUGUGGUAACAAGACACUGAAGAAGGUCUCUGUGAGUGUCAGUGAGGACGGGAGCCUCCACAUGCAUUUCUCCCGCAACCCCAAGGUGCUGAACCCCCGCGGGCUCAGGUACCCGCUGCCGGCCCCGCGAGGUGGGAAGCACGCCAACAACCCUCACCUGGUGGCCGACCAGCCCUUCCCCCAGCAGCGUCUCUCCCGCAAGGCCAGGCAGAAAACCAACGUCUUCGACCCCGAUUACCUGGCCGGGGCCUCGCCCUUCGCCGAAAACGACAUCUACAGCCGGGCUGCCAACCUGCAGAUCCGGGACGCGGCGCUGGGCGCUGGCAGGAGGCGCCUGAACCCCAACGCCGUGACAAAGAAGUUUGUGAAGAGGAGGUGAAGGGGGGGAGGAACCCGGGAGCACCUGGCCCUGCUUUGUGUGUCACUGCCCGAUGGAUCUGGGGGGGUGAGGCCUCUCACAGCCCCUACCAAAGGCAGCUUCUCACUUCUGCAGGGCUGGAGGCCUGGCCAGCGACUGGGGGUGACAGUCACGGGGCUGGGGGGCUCAGAGUCGGGUGAGGGAGCAGUUCCCUGCUCAGCCCCCUCUGUGGCUCCAUCACCAAUAAACACAAACCCCGAGCACUGUG